AUGGGGCUCCUCGUGGUGCUGCUCUUCGGGGACGUCUUCGUCAGUAGAGUCCCCGGCAACCUCGUCUCCCUCCUCCCUGGCAGACUCGCCCUGGCACCGGCCCGCUCCACACGUUCCCGCGCCCACGUACGAAGCAGGACUCCUGUGCGCCGCUCGCCUUUCCCCGACGGGCGCCCGCGGCGCUUCGGCCUCUCCGCUGGCUCCGGCCACCGUCGCGCGUCCCGCGCUCGGCCGCUCCGCACCUUCGCCCAGCCGGCUUCGGUCGCACUCGCUCCGCCAGCGUCUGGCCCCGCCGGCCUCUCUGCAUCCUUCCAUAGCACGGUCACGCGCCGCCACACGCUGUCCCAUGCUGGCUGCACCUCGCCAGCUGCGGCGGCGCCCGCCUGCCAGCUAGCGGUCGCGCUCGUCCACCAGCCCGCUCCCGCGCCCCCGCGCCACUCCAUCCACAGCGCUCACGCGCCGCGUCCCUGUGCGCCCGCCUGCCAGCUAGCUGCCGCGUUCGUACGCGCCGGCUGCGCUGCGCCGCCUCGCGCCCUUCUGCGAGCUCCCCGCGUGCCCCUCUGCGAACUCCUCGUGCGCCCCCUGCGCGUCUUCGCCUCCCCGCGCUGCUCCUUUGCCAGGUCCACCCGGCGACCCGGCCGUCGGCUGGCUCCGCCCGUGACCAGGCGCGCCAGCUCCCGCCGCCAGCCGGCCUCCUGCCGCGCUGACCCCCGACAGCCGGCUCCGGCCUCCUCCACUCGGGUCCCGAGCGCCGCGAAUCCCGUCGCCGCCUUCGCGCCCGCGUAGCCCUCCCCGCGCCCGGCUGCUCCAGUGCUGGCUAUGGUGGUCCCGCCCCAGCCGGCCUCUGCACACGCGCGCUGGCUGCCCCCGCAACCCGCAGCGCCCCCAGUCGGCUGAUGAAAGCAAAGAAAAAGAAGAGGUCCAGCUGACCAAGUCAACAGCCGGCUGCCAAAAAAAGUGUGUCCGGCUGCUCACAGCCGGCUGAAGGCCGCCCUUGGAUGCGGUGUAAUCAAAUACAGAGAUAUUUAGUUUA